UUCAAAGUCAGAAGGAUACUGGGAUGGCUGGUGUAUCUCAUCUCAGCUCUUAAAAAGGUUAGAUCUCCACCUAGUUUUAUGGAGCUGUUGGCAUUACUGGGCAUGGAGGCCUGGAGUCUGGGCAGUUGUAUUUCCUAUGUCCUUCCUUUCCUCUUCCUCCUCCUGGUUGUGCUAUUGAAGCUGUAUGGAGAGGGGUCAGACAUCUGGACCCUCCAGAGUUGCCCCGUAGACUUAACUGGGAAGACUGCUGUGGUGACUGGAGCCAACUCAGGAAUAGGGAAGGCUGUGUCCUGUGAGCUGGCCCGACGUGGGGCUCGUGUUGUCCUUGCCUGCCGGAGGCUGCCUCAGGGGCAAAAGGCACUGGAGGAUAUCCGGAAAGUCACUGGGAGCAAAGAGCUGGUGCUUCGGGAGCUGGAUCUCAGCUCUGUGGCCUCCAUCCAGAGCUUUUCCCAGAAGCUUCUUCAAGAGGAACGCCACAUCCAUCUGCUGGUCAACAAUGCUGGGGCCUCAGGGCUGCCUUACAAGACUAUUACCUCAGAUGGCCUGGAAUUGACUUUCAUGACCAACUACCUUGGGCACUUUCUUCUCACAAACCUGUUACUGAAGGGCCUACUUGGGGCAGGUUCAGCCCGAGUGGUGAAUGUGAGCUCUUUUCGACAUAAGCAUGGGUUUGUGGAUGAACAGCACCUAGUAGGGGCUGGGUGCCCCCUUCUUUCAAACCAGCCAUAUGACUGUUCCAAACUGCUGUUAAUUCUUUUCACCAGAGAGCUUGCCCAGAGACUUCAAAAGACAGGUGUGACAGUGAAUUCAGUGGAUCCAGGGAUUGUAAAGACGGAAAUCAUGAAGAAUCAUAACUGGUUGUACCGCAGUAUCUUCUGGUUCCUGAGUGUCUUCUUAAAGGUUAGAACUGCACCUAAUUUCAUGGAGCUGUUGGCAUUACUGGGCAUGGAGGCCUGGAGUCUGAGCAGUUGUAUUUCCUAUGCCCUUCCUUUCCUCUUCCUCCUCCUGGUUGUGCUAUUGAAGCUGUAUGGAGAGGGGUCAGACAUCUGGACCCUCCAGAGUUGCCCCGUAGACUUAACCGGGAAGACUGCUGUGGUGACUGGAGCCAACUCAGGAAUAGGGAAGGCUGUGUCCUGUGAGCUGGCCCGACGUGGGGCUCGUGUUGUCCUUGCCUGCCGGAGGCUGCCUCAGGGGCAAAAGGCACUGGAGGAUAUCCGGAAAGUCACUGGGAGCAAAGAGCUGGUGCUUCGGGAGCUGGAUCUCAGCUCUGUGGCCUCCAUCCAGAGCUUUUCCCAGAAGCUUCUUCAAGAGGAACGCCACAUCCAUCUGCUGGUCAACAAUGCUGGGGCCUCAGGGCUGCCUUACAAGACUAUUACCUCAGAUGGCCUGGAAUUGACUUUCAUGACCAACUACCUUGGGCACUUUCUUCUCACAAACCUGUUACUGAAGGGCCUACUUGGGGCAGGUUCAGCCCGAGUGGUGAAUGUGAGCUCUUUUCGACAUAAGCAUGGGUUUGUGGAUGAACAGCACCUAGUAGGGGCUGGGUGCCCCCUUCUUUCAAACCAGCCAUAUGACUGUUCCAAACUGCUGUUAAUUCUUUUCACCAGAGAGCUUGCCCAGAGACUUCAAAAGACAGGUGUGACAGUGAAUUCAGUGGAUCCAGGGAUUGUAAAGACGGAAAUCAUGAAAAAUCAUAACUGGUUGUACCGCAGUAUCUUCUGGUUCCUGAGUGUCUUCUUAAAGAGCCCUGCACAGGGUGCCAUUCCAGUCCUGUACCUGAGCUUAGCAGAAGAACUGGAUGGCGUUUCAGGAAAGUAUUUUACCUCCAAAUGUAAGCUGACCUUGCCUGCUGAGCCUGCCCGGGACCCUGAAGUGGCCCACAGUCUCUGGAACACCUCAGCCAGACUGACCAACCUAGAGAAAGUAUCCAAGAGAGAAUGACUCAUCAAAGUCCAGUGACCCCUGGCUCCCAGUAUUCCCACUCUCACUGUAGUGACCUGAUUUACCUUGUGGCUUAUCACUAAACUGAUCUGAAGACUCUUGAAGUUUUUCUGUAUAAUGUGAUGGUGGUAGAUACAUUGUUCUCCUGGUUCUGCUCACUUUCCUCUGCAUCGGUUCAAAAAGGUCUUUGCAGUUUCCACUGAAAUUGUCCAUUCCAUCCCUUCUUAUGGCUCAAUGUUCCAUCAGUUCAUAUACUAAAUUUGUUUAGUGAGAAAACCAAAUUGAUUUUAUCCUGUAAUUGAUUGAUUUUAUUUUGUAAUUGAUUUUAUUCUGUAAUAGGCAAUGCUGCAUUUUGUAUAACUACCCAAAUCACUUUCUUUGUCUUUAAGCUAAUUUCAUAAGUACAUAAGUUCAGAAAUUCAGUGUUUCCCUCUGAGUGAAUUUAAAAGUUCAGCUUUCCUCUAAAUCACUUUAAUUAAGAGAAAACCUAUUAUCUUUUUUCUACCAGCUGCACUUGCAGGAUAUUGCCCUUCUUUGAUAUCUGGUGUGUUAUCUGUAUACCAUCAGUUGUUCUUAUAGAAUGCAAGUAGUCUUCAUCAAUCCAAGUCAAAGGAGGAGUUGUUGCUGGACUUGCAUUCCCAAUUUCCAGUCAACAAUAUUGUCCCUGAUGCCUGUAUUGCUACAAACUCUGCAGCCCGUCACAUCAUUUUCCUCAUCUAGGAUGCUGCUUUCACUUUCUGGGAUACUCUUCCUUUGGUCUAUUGUUGACCUGAAAGUUUGGUUAAAGGAGACAAACAAGCUAGGUGAUAUGUAAAUCCAUAUUGUUUAUUCCCUUAAAGCUAGCGGAUACAUACAUGUAUGGGGCCAGAUAAAAUCCAACAGCCUGAGCAGAAGAACGAGAAGGUUUAAGUACAUUUUUUGUCCCAACUCAA